GUGACAGUGAGAGCGAGUACACCGGUAAUCAGCAGCACAGCUCCCCCUAGCUGCCCUUGAGUAAAUGCUGCUAUGUUAGCACACACAAUCUCUCACUCACUGGAAAGACUGGUUAUGAAACUGGACCAGCACAACAUUUUGCUUUGCUCACAGCCUUUAAAACUGAAAUACCAUUGCUGUCAAUGGGGCUCGAUGACUUCUGCAGCCUCGACGGUUCCGAUCCAUUUUGGGAUUGGAACCGGACAUGGUACACCCCCAACCCAGACCUGACCCAGUGUUUCCAGAACACAGUGCUGGUGUGGGUCCCCUGUAUCUACCUCUGGGUGUGCGCACCUUUCUAUUACCUAUACCUCCACAGCCAUAACCGUGGGUACAUCCGCAUGUCCCAUCUCAACAGGGCCAAAACUGUUUUCGGGUUCUUGCUGUGGAUUAUCUGCUGGGCAGAUGUUUUCUACUCUUUCUGGGAAAGAAGCCAGGGUAUUUCCAAAGCGCCCGUCUACUUGGUCAACCCCACGCUGCUGGGAAUCACAAUGUUGCUGGCUGUGUUUCUCAUUCAGUAUGACCGGAUUAAGGGGGUCCAGUCUUCCGGGGUGAUGCUGGUUUUCUGGCUGAUCGCGGUGGUCUGUGCUGCCGUCACUUUCCGCUCCAAGAUCCUGCAGGCUCUCAAUGAGGUGUCUAGUGUCAGUGUGUUUCGCUAUACCACAUUUUAUACGUACUGCACUCUCCUGCUGGUCCAGCUGAUCCUUGCCUGUCUCGCUGACCAGCCACCACUGUUCUCCGAGGCUGUGAAAGACGCUAACCCUUGCCCAGAAUCAGGUGCUUCUUUUCUGUCCAAGAUUACAUUCUGGUGGAUCACUGGCUUGAUGACUCAGGGCUACAAGCGUCCUCUGGAGGAGCGGGACCUGUGGUCCCUGAAUGAGGAUGACCAGUCUCAGGGGGUCGUUGCCCAGCUCAUUCGGAGCUGGCAGCACGAGUGUGCAAAGAUCAAGAGGCCAUCGGACAUGGUGUACUCUCCGAAGCAUACAGCCAAGAGGGAGUCCGGAGAGAAGAAGGAAGGGCCGGUGGAUGAGGCAGAGGUCCUCAUAGUGAAGAAAACCGAGAAGGGCAGAAAACCGUCCCUCUUGCUGGCGAUGUGCCAUACCUUUGGGCCCUACUUUCUGAUCAGCUUCCUCUACAAAUUCAUCCACGACAUUCUCAUGUUCGUCGGGCCUGAGAUUCUCAAGCAGCUGAUCCUCUUUGUAAAGGACUCCAGCGCCCCUUACUGGCAGGGCUUUUUCUACACGGUGCUGCUGUUUGUCUGUGCCUGCCUGCAGACCCUCAUCCUGCAGAAGUACUUCCAUGUGUGCUUCGUGACGGGCAUGAGGCUGCGCACCUCCAUCGUGGGGGCCGUCUACAGAAAGGCUCUGAUCGUCUCCAAUGCUGCCCGCCGCACCUCCACAGUGGGGGAGAUUGUGAACCUGAUGUCAGUGGACGCCCAGCGACUUGUGGACCUGAUGACCUACAUCAACAUGAUCUGGUCAGCACCUCUGCAGGUGGUCCUAGCUCUCUACUUCCUCUGGCAGAAUCUGGGGCCCUCUGUGCUGGCAGGCGUGGCAGUGAUGAUCCUGAUGGUGCCGGUGAACGCAGUGAUCGCCAUGAAGACCAAGACCUACCAGGUAGCCCAGAUGAAGAACAAAGACAACCGGAUCAAGCUGAUGAACGAGGUGCUGAAUGGGAUGAAGGUGCUGAAGCUGUAUGCCUGGGAGCUGGCCUUCAAGGACAAGGUGCUGCAGAUCCGGCAGAGUGAGCUCAAGGUGCUGAAGAAGGCUGCGUACCUGGCAGCCAUCUCCACGUUCACCUGGGUCUGCGCCCCUUUCCUGGUGGCGCUGUCGACCUUUGCCGUCUACGUCCUGGUGGAUGAGAACAACAUCCUGGAUGCUGAGAAGGCCUUUGUUUCCCUGGCCCUCUUCAACAUCCUGCGGUUUCCUCUCAACAUGCUGCCCAUGGUCAUCAGCAGCAUUGUGCAGGCGAGCGUUUCUCUGAAGCGGCUGCAUGUCUUCUUGUCUCAUGAAGAGCUGGAGGAGGACAGUGUGAACAGGAAAGCCAUCACCGGCUCCACUGACAGCAUCUCCAUUGUGGAUGGGAUGUUCAGCUGGUCAAAAAAUGCCCCCCCCUCUCUAAAAAGGAUCAACGUGUCGAUCCCUGAGGGCGCGCUGGUGGCCGUGGUGGGUCACGUGGGCUCUGGGAAGACCUCCCUGCUCUCAGCGCUGCUCGGGGAGAUGGAGAAACAGGAGGGCCUAGUCUCCGUCAAGGGCUCGGUGGCCUAUGUGCCCCAGCAGGCGUGGAUCCAGAACGCCACGCUGCGGGACAACAUUGUGUUUGGGCAGGAGAGGAAGGAGCGCUGGUACCAGCGAGUGGUGGAGGCCUGCGCGCUCAUGCCUGACCUAGAGAUCCUGCCUGCGGGGGAUGAGACUGAGAUCGGGGAGAAGGGUGUAAACCUGUCCGGCGGUCAGAAGCAGCGGGUCAGCCUGGCUCGAGCCGUGUACUGCGACUGUGCCAUCUACCUGCUGGAUGACCCCCUGUCUGCAGUGGACGCCCACGUAGGGAAACACAUCUUUGACAAGGUCAUCGGACCCAAGGGGGUACUGCAGAGCAGGACCCGGGUGCUGGUGACCCACGGGCUGAGCUACCUGCCGCAGGUGGACCUGAUCCUGGUGCUGGUGGACGGGGAGAUCACAGAGAUGGGAUCCUAUCAGGAGCUGCUGAACCGACAAGGCGCCUUCGCCGAGUUCCUGCACACGUACGCCAGCGCAGAGCAGAACAGAGGGGAAGAAGAAGAAGGGAGUGUGAAGGAGGAGGAGGAGGAGGAACAGGAAGAUCCGACCAGUUCGACAAGUAAAGACUUGAAAGUAUUAGCGAAUGGCGCUCCUGGUGCUCUCCUCAGGCCACGCAGUGCAGGCUCCGGAGCUGGUGUGGACUCCGACAAGUACAGCAGCAGCAACGAGGUGUCUAGCAAGCACAACAAACCAGGGGCCAGCAAUGAGGCCGGAAAACUGACUGAGGCAGACAAAGCCCAGACCGGCAAGGUGAAGCUGUCAGUCUUCUGGGAGUACAUGAAGGCAAUCGGACUCUUCCUGUCCUUUCUCAGUGUCUUCCUCUUCUUCUGCCACCACUUCUCCUCCCUCGCCUCCAACUACUGGCUGAGCCUGUGGACCGACGAUCCCAUCAUCAACGGAACGCAGCCCCACACUGAAAUGCGCCUGAGCGUUUACGGAGUGCUGGGGCUGUCUCAAGGCGUGGCCGUGUUCAGCUACUCGAUGACUGUGUCGAUCGGAGGGAUCCUGGCCUCGCGGCACCUCCACCAGUCCAUGCUGCACAACGUUCUGCGCUCGCCCAUGAGCUUCUUCGAGCGCACGCCCAGCGGGAACCUGGUGAACCGCUUCUCCAAGGAGACGGACACCAUCGACUCGGUCAUCCCCGGCAUCAUCAAGAUGUUCAUGGGCUCUCUGUUCAACGUGCUGGGCUCCUGCGCUGUGAUCCUCGUAGCCACGCCCAUCGUCGCCGUCAUCAUCCCGCCUCUCGGCCUGCUCUACUUCUUCGUGCAGCGUUUCUACGUGGCCUCAUCCCGGCAGCUGAAGCGCCUGGAGUCGGUGAGCCGCUCUCCUGUGUACUCCCACUUCAACGAGACCCUGCUGGGAGCCAGCGUGAUCCGCGCCUUCCGAGAGCAGCCGCGCUUUAUCAGGGAGAGCGACAGCAGGGUGGACCACAACCAGAGAGCUUAUUACCCCAGCAUUGUGGCCAACAGGUGGCUGGCAGUGCGCUUGGAGUUUGUGGGGAAUUGCAUCGUCUUGGCUGCGGCUCUGUUUGCCGUUGUCGCCAGAGACAGUCUGAGCCCGGGCAUCGUGGGGCUCUCCAUCUCCUACGCACUGCAGAUAACAGCAUCUUUGAACUGGCUUGUUCGGAUGUCAUCUGAGCUGGAGACCAACAUCGUUGCCGUGGAGAGAGUGAAGGAGUACUCCGACACAGAGAAAGAGGCGGUGUGGAGGGUGGAGCAGACGGCGCCCCCCCCGGCCUGGCCCACACACGGACACAUCGACAUCCGAGACUACGGGCUCCGCUAUCGAGAGGACCUGGAGCUGGCCCUCAAGAACAUCAGCUUCACCAUCGAAGGAGGAGAGAAGGUGGGGAUUGUGGGGAGGACGGGGGCAGGGAAGUCGUCUCUGACGCUGGGUCUCUUCCGGAUCAUCGAGUCGGCGCAGGGGAAGAUCCUCAUUGACGGAGUGAACAUUGCCGAGCUGGGACUGCACGACCUGCGCUCCCGUAUCACCAUCAUCCCACAGGAUCCUGUGCUGUUCUCGGGCACCCUGCGGAUGAACCUUGACCCCUUCGAUGCGUACUCCGACGAGGAAGUCUGGAACUCUCUGGAACUCGCUCACCUCAAGAACUUUGUGUCGGGGCUCCCAGACAGACUGAACCACGAGUGCUCGGAGGGAGGGGAGAACCUGAGCUUGGGGCAGCGUCAGCUGGUGUGUCUGGCUCGGGCUCUCCUUCGGAAAACCAAGAUCCUGGUUCUGGACGAGGCGACGGCAGCCGUCGAUCUGGAAACAGACAACCUGAUCCAGUCGACAAUCCGCAGCCAGUUUGAGGAGUGCACCGUCCUGACCAUCGCUCACAGACUCAACACCGUCAUGGACUACACCAGGGUCCUGGUCCUAGACAAAGGUCAAAUUGUGGAGUUUGAUUCUCCAGCCAGCCUUCUUGCCAAGAAAGGAAUAUUCUACAAAAUGGCCAAAGACUCUGGCUUGGUGUAACCUCAGGGUGAUAGCAGCAGUGCUGUCUGAACUGGAUCCUGCUGCCAAAAUAGUAGUUUCAUUAUCCCUUCAGGCCAGCGCUUUUCGAGAAGCAGGGAGAGAUGCUCCCCACUGCCCUCCUUUCUCUCUGUUUCUCUCACUAAGUAUGGCACGUUGAUGUCCCUCCACGUGCUGUCCACGUGCUUGGUUGUCACCUGCACGGAUUCAUGUCUCUCCAUUGCCCAGUAGAAGGUUUCUUGGUAAUGAUCCCUGCUAUGCAGUCCUAGUUAUAGUACACAGUAGAAACAAAUGUAAGGCAGUGGCUCCCUGCUUCAGUCUACAUGUACUCUGUUCAGUCCAGGUUUUUCAAAUGGCCCAAAAUAUUUAUCUGAAAACACCAGUGCUCCUAGCCUCUGUGACUUUAAGAUGGCUUGUACAAUAAAUAAAUAAUAAUCACUAAAAAAAAAAAAAGCUGGCUAAAAAUAAAAUCCGUACUGUUCGUGUACCUGGAUGGAGCAGGAUUAUUAGCCACUGGUAUUUUAAGAUACUUGCAUUGUCCUCCAGUUAAUACUGCACUUUGCCGUCAAUGACAAUUCUUGGCCAGUAAGUGGUGCUAUUAGUACAUACUGCUUGGGUUGGGGGAGCAGAAUGUCGGAUCAUUUUAUAAUGCAAGUGCCACCAUAUUCUGUAAAAAAAAAAUAGAUAUAUACACUAGUGCACUGUACUUAGCAAGAACCAUUACUAACUUUGUUUUUUUUGUGCAAUUGCCUGUGACAUAAUUCAGACUUGUGAUAAUGCAGUCUAUACAGCUUUACUUUAAAUGAUGUUUGCUUUGCAUUUAGUGGUGAACAGACAGGGCUUGGGGAUCAUCUUCUCCAAAUGAAAACCCAAAAGUCCAAAUUGCAGGUAACACAGACCUGAGCAAGACCACACCGUUUCUGUCAGUUUUAACCAAAACAUCAAAAUCUGUUUUGUCCAAAGUGCACUAUAGCUAGCGUGCGUGAGUAUGUGUAUGUGUGUGUGUGUGUGUGUGUGUGUGUGUGUGUGUGUGUGUUUGUAUUCUAGCUGCUUUUAGGGACUCAGUCCCUGAUUCUGUGGCUGGUAUUUCUCCUUUCCCCAAUGGGAGAGCUGUGGAGGCUAACGCUGCUCUGUGUUUAGCAUUGGCUUCUCCUGCUGGAGCUGCCUAUCCCCUCUGUCAUCCAGCAGUGGAGCAAUGGGGACCAAUGCAGCUGGUGCAUCCUUGAUCAUGCACUCUAAAAGGGGUUACCUUCCACAGUCCAGACUGACAUGUUAUCGUAAGUGCUGAACACACACAAAAUCCUGAGCUUUCAAGCAAAAAUAAGGGAUAUUGUACAUCCCAUAUUAAAAUGCCAUUUCAAGCUUUUUGCGCUUUAAACACAGGAAAAUAAGUACUCGUCUAUUAUGGAUGCAACUUACUUCUAGUACCACCGAUUUCAGAUGGAGAUAUAUUUAUAUAAAAAUUCUCUGCAAUUAAGUAGAUAUCAUAGGUCUCUUUUUUUUUUUUUUGUAAUCCCGCUGCUGUAUUUCAGUGUUAUAUCUGAUGAAUUGUUACGUCCCUGUAUCAUAUUAUUCUUGAUUGUAUUUCCACAGUUGCAUUGUGAAUCAUCAUUUCAUUCAAACAGUUUUUGUAUAAAACCCUAUUUUGCUGAUUGUAAUCGUGGAUAUCUGUUACAAGAAAGAAAGAGAAGAAAUGUAAAGAAAAUGGCAUUUACUUUUACACAUUUAUUAUUGUAAAUAGGUUCAGAUUAUUAUUAUUAUUAUUAUUAUUAUUAUUAUUAUUAUUGGCCAAAAGUUUUGCAUCACCCUAUAGAAUUAACUAAUUUUUCUUCAUAAAGUUGAAUGAAACCUGCUGAAUAAUGUUACGUUAACAUAUUGCAUUUUACACCACUUUGUAGUUUUUUAUAUACGUAACAAAAAACUGAGAAAAAUUGAAAAAUGUGACAUCUAACAUGAAAUACAGUACUACUAUUAGGGCUUCCGGUAGACUUUUGCGAUAUCAUUUUGAAGUUUCUUUAAUUACAUGAUGUUAAAUAAAAGUCCUAAAUUAUGUUCAUAUAGUUAUAUAAAUUCUAGGUGAUACAAAACCUUUGGCCACAGCUAUACAUUAAGUUUGGAUUCUGACUGAGCAGUUUGUUUUGUAUUGAGAAUCUGCUGUCCUUGCGUGAAAAAGAGGAAAGCAUAAAUAAAGAAUUUAGUUUGGAAUUAAAUGUAA